AUAAACAAACAUUAAACGAUCAACAUUCCCACUGUUCACGCGCUUUCACAGAUAUGGAGGCACUACCGGAAAUCGUUCAGUUUCUCAACAAAUCUGCUCGUAUAGAUUUAAAAGCAGUAACUUUGACCCACAUUCUUGGUCUCACGGGCUCGAAAGAAGGCAUUUCACUCAUUAGUAAGUGUUCAGAGUUGUUGACGAAGAUAAUUGAUUUGACCGAAGACGACUCGGAGACAAUUCGAAAGGAUGCGAUUUUGACACUGGUAAACAUUUCCGCUGAGGAAAACGGAGCUAAAGCCCUGGUGGCACAGUUCAGCGAAAAGGUUGUUCAUCUGGCGUAUUCAGCGAUUAUCGACGAGGAUUCAAAAUUUGCCGAUCCCUGGUGCAUGGUUCUAUGCAAUGUUACACGGCCGGAAAACUUGGUGAAACAAGUUCUCGACCAAAUAUUAACAAUAGAGUUCGCACUCGAGAAAUUAACAACGUGUUUCACACGCAUCAGUUAUAACAAACAAAAAGGACACCUAAAUUAUCUAGGACCACUGUUUAGUAAUCUUUCACAAAGUAAACGAGGACUAGCGGUUUUCUGUGAUCCGUCCACCGAUCUGUUGACUCGUAUCCUUCCCUUUGUCCAUCAUGAAGGAAGUAUUGUGCGACGAGGCGGUUCCGUUGGUUUGCUUAAAAAUGUUUGUUUCGACUCGACCCUCCACGAAUGGCUUUUGGGUGACGGUGUUGAAGUUUUGCCCUACAUUUUAUUGCCUCUGGCAGGACCGGAGGAGUUCGACGAGGACACGAAUGAUAAGCUGCCAGUUGAACUGCAAUAUUUAGGACCUGAGAAGCGACGGGAGGAAGAUCCGGAUAUAAGAAAAAUGUUGAUAGAAUCACUGGCACAGUUGUGUGCCACCAGGAAGGGACGAAACUAUCUGAGAGAGCGGGGAACGUAUGAGAUUUUGAGAGAGCUGCACAAGUUUGAGUGUGGACCAGAUGGCGACAAACGGGUUCUGGCUGCGUGUGAAAAUGUUGUGGACGUUCUUAUUAGGACCGAGGAAGAAAUUGGGGAAGACAACUUGAAAAAUCUGGAGAUACCAGAAGAUGUGGUAUCAAAGAUAAAUGUUAUGAAUCAAGACAUCCAGGAAUAAUAAAAUAACGAUUGAUUCGAUAUUAUUUACAAUGAGAGACGAACCAACCUACGGCUGAAAGUCUCUAUAAUAAAGAACAAAAAAAAACAAUAUUUACAAAUUUG